AUGCACCACCCGAAUCCGUCAGUCCACCAAGUCCGAGCGUCGCGAUGCUGCUCCGCCAUGUAUGGCUCGUCAGAUGAUGUCUGCUGCACCUGAUUCGCAGUCUCAUUUACCGCAGAAGUUCGCGUUUUCAGAUGCGCGACUCCGCCGCGUCGCAAACGAAGCCGACAGCCGCCGGACGCCUGUCUUUCGACCUCCGGCUGAGGCGUCUAGCCACUCGAGCGGACCGCCGCGAACGGGGAGCGCGCCUUCUUCUCGCUCUCCCUUUGGCAGUUCUCUCCUUCCGUCUGUUCAUCGGCCUGCGAUGCGGGGGCUUCAGAGUGGAGAAAAUGGGGAGACAGCCCUCCUGCGAGAAACGAGAAACAUGAAGGACUGUAAAGAAAGUCAAGCGUCGACGCUGGCUGCCCUGGCCCUUCGCCGCAGCUCUGCCUCGUACGUUUCAGCGGCUUCUUCUCCCCGGUCUCCACCUGCUUCGCAGUCUUCUCAGGCGACUCCACCGUCUUCUUCAGAUCCUUUCUGUUCUUCUCUUUUAUCUCGCCUCAACUCUGCGCCUUCGGCUACCGCUGUGGCUGCGGCGACCUCUCCAGCAGCAGUCCAUGGCGGUGGAUCUCCACCUGAACUUCUUGUCAUCGCCAGAGAGCGACGUCGGAGUCUCCCCUUACACGACUCCAAAUCGCUUCGUUCUGUCUCGUCUUCUUCGUUCUCUCCUUCCUGUUCUUCCUCUUCUUCUUCCUGUUCUUCCUCUUCUCCGUCCUGUUCUUCCUCUUCAGCUUCCUCUUCAGCUUCAGCUUCCUCUUCUUCCGUUUUCCUUGCAUUUGCAGAGUCGCGCGGUAGGGGUUCUCGGCGAGUGUCUUCCCAGUCUUCGGGGCGCAGACAGGACAUUCCCUUUCCAUCCUUCUUGAGUCCGCACUGGACAGAUGCGUUUUGCUCGUCUCACAAAGGAGACGAGAAAUCGGAGUCUCUCGGAGUCCACCGAGACACAACGUCUCUGCGUACCACACCUUCUUUUGCGGAGCUCCCAACUCGUCACCCUUCAUCUCCGCGGUCGCGUUCUGACUCCUCGAAUCCCUUUUUUGACGGGGCAGAUGCAGCCUUCGAUGCAUGCAGUGCCACAGGGCAAGCAAUCAAGUCACCUGAAUCUUCGCAACCUACUUCUUCAUCUUCCUCCUUCCCUUAUCCUUCAGCUUCCUCUCUACAGCAUACUUCUUCUUCGUCUUCUCGAUUCACCUUCAGUGUCUCAGGGCCGUCUGUGGGAGGCUUGUCUGCUUGUGGCGCUCCUCAGGAGGGCAAGGGGCGUAUGGAUCCGAGACAGGCCGAGGACGUUUCGCUUUUUUCUUCCAAUCUUCUGCAUGCGUCCGGUCUGCAUGAAAGUUUAUUCAACCUGUCUGCUCUAGACGUCUCUGCCGUCUACGGAGAAACACAGCAAGCCGUGUCGCCUCCUCUCGCCUCCUCAAUCUUUUCCUUUUCCGGAGAGAAGAAGCCGCACCCAGAUGCUUCAGCUUCGGAAGUGCCAGCAUCUCCUUCCGCUCCUUUAUCGGCAAAUCCUUCUUCCUCUUCUUCAUCUGUUCCUUCUUCUCUGCGUUCGACGUCUGUUUCGUCUUCUGGGCACCGCGUGGACUCAGCUGAAGAAGCAUGCGAAGACAAGAAAGGAGCCAGCGUCGGAGCCGGACAAUGUGUACAUACACCGCGGGGCGGCGGGGUGUCGAUGGCGACUGCGGGAUCCAUGCCCUUCUCUGCUGAACGAGAGAAACGCGUUGAAGAGAGAGGAACUUCAAACGAAGCUGUUGUUGAACGCGAACAUGAGAAGAUGGCGAGAUCUCAGGUGUCUCCGGAAACUCAGGAAGAACGCAUGCGCCGAAUUCAGAAAGAACUGGAGGCUCUCAAGGAGCGCAACGACGCGUUGGAGUUGCAGCUGUUCGAGACCCAGCGUAGACGAAGAGCGGCGGCUGGGUUGCAGUUGAAGACCGAGAGAAGACCUCUUUCUUCCUCUGACUCUCCAUUUAAUUCUCGCUUUGAUGCUCGGUUGGGCGAUGGCGUAACGCAUGCUCAGAACGCUUCUGAGGCUGCUGCGGCGGCUCCGAGAGGAGCCCCUCGAGAGGCAAAAGAAGAGACAUAUAGAGAGCGGACUUCUUGCCCUCUGACGCCCCUGCCUUCGUUCGUUCUACGAAGAGACUCGGAGACAGCGUGCUCUGUUGAGACGCCGCGGUUCCCCACAGCCUGUCCGCCUGACGGUCUCCAGCGGGACUGCUCUGGAGAGAGAGGAGACAGAGAGACGGGAGUUGCAACUGUCUCCUCAGCGGUGCAGUGUCCUUCAGAGUUUCCUGGAUGGGACCGAAAAGAAUGCAAAGACCGAUUAAUGCGAAGCGGCGUGGAAGACGAACAGUUCGAGAAGAGAACAGGAGAAGAAGGAGAGACAAUUGAGAGAGAAGAGGAGAAGGUGGGGAAAGGAGAGAAGGAGAGAGAGGAAGAGAAGCAGGCGCAGUCUCUUAACGAGUUGAGGACGAAGAAGGCAGAGAGUCUGAAGACCAGAGAUACGGAAAGAGGAGCGUCUGCAGCGCUCAACCGGCGAUGUAAAGAAAGAGGAGAUAAAAACGAGAAGGUGUGGGGUGGAGAAACGGUCGAAGACCGAACCGGCUGUCCCUGCAUCUUGUCGGGUGAAGAUGCGGGAGGAAAAGCGUCGCUGAGUCUGAAUGCGGAUCCGGAUCCUUCAAAGCAUGCAGUUUCGGACCCUCAGCGUUCUGGGCAGAACGAAGCAGGCUGCGAAUCUCCGUCAAACGCACCUGAGGAGAGACAAGAGGUGACGACUCCGCAGGCAGAUUUCGACCAAGAGAGAGAAGCGCUUCCGACAGAGAGACAGGAACUCGAGGAAGCGCGUGCAGUCGCUGUCGCCCAGAAGCGCGAGAGCGAAGAAACGCGACAACCGCAUGCAGCGGAGGAAGCCCUCUGGAUGAGCGCGCGCGAACAGAGCCAUGGUGUGUACCGGCAACAGCUUCAGGAGCAACGAGAAGCUUUUGUCAACGAGAAGGAGUUCGAGGAUGCGAAGCAAAGGUUGACUGCACAGAAGCAGCCACUCGACGAGGAGAGAGACGUUUGUGUCAAGGAGAAACAGCGGCUGGAACAGCAGAUGUACAGUGCAAACGAGAGAGAACUAGGCAUGGCAAUCAAAAUUUACGAUGAGAAGCGACGGAAGAUGGAUGGACUCGAAGAGAUGCUUCUCGCGAAGCAGCGCCAACUCGAAGCAGAGAGAGACUCCUGCGUCAAGGAGAAACAGGGCUUGGCGGGGGAGAAGAAGGAACUCGAGAAGAAAAAAAGAGAGUUCGAGGAGAGAACGAACGAGCUGGAGAAGGCCAAGCAGGGCAUGGAGGGUGAGAAAAAAGCAUUAGAGAAGGAAAAGAGAGAGUUCCAGGAGAGAAUGAACGAGUUGGAGAAGGCCAAGCAGGACAUGGAGGGUGCGAAGAGAUCAUUAGAGAAGGAAAACAGAGAGUUCGAGGAGAAAACGAACGAGUUGGCGAAGGCCAAGCAGGACAUGGAGGGUGAGAAGAGAGCACUAGCGAAGGAAAAGAGAGAGUUCGAGGAGAUCGCGAACGAUCUAGAGAAGGCGAAGCAGGACUUGCAAGGAGAGAAGAAGGAACUCGAGAGGAAAAAGAGAGAGUUCGAAGAGAAAACGAACGAGUUGGCGAAGGCGAAGCAGGACUUGCAGGGUGAGAAAAGAGCAUUCGAGAAGGAAAAGAGAGAGUUCGAGGAGAAAACGAACGAGUUGGCGAAGGCGAAGCAGGACUUGCAGGGUGAGAAAAGAGCAUUAGAGAAGGAAAAGAGGGAGUUCGACGAGAUCGCGAACGAUCUGGCGAAGGCGAAGCAGGAGAUGGAGGGUGCGAAGAAGGAACUCGAGCAGAAAACGAGAGAGUUCGAGGAGACAAUGAACGAGCUGGAAAAGGAGAAACAGGACUUGCAGGGUGAGAAAAGAGCAUUAGAGAAGGAAAAGAAGAGUAUAGACGAGGAGAGGCGAGACUUGGCUGAGGCGAAGAGAGGACGUUUUGAGGAGAGAUGCCAGGAGAAGGCCAACAAGGUGAACGCUGAAGAGCGACGAAAGGUUGAGGAGAAAGAGGUUUCUCUUGUAGAGAGAGAGGAGCGGAGUCAGCUCGAGGAGAGAGACAUGCGCGAGAAAGAGGUUGGAGAGCUGAUAAGCGAGUUGAAUUCUCAGCGAGCGUUUUUCCUCGAGAAAUCGAAGACGUGGAAGGCAGAGCAAGAGAAGGUCCGAGGACAGCUGAAGGAGACAGAGCAAAUCAUGGCGGAGCAAAUGGCCCGGUGGCAGACGCGAGAGAGGACGAUAAUGGAGGAGUUCACGAGGCUUCAGGAAGCGAAGGAAGAAGUCGAGAGAAGGUACGCGAGUCUUCAAGAGCAGCUGAGCCUCAUGGAGGAGCGAACUGCUCAGCCUCUGGCGGACGCACUGGAGGCUCUCGAGGAAGCAAAGAGGAGAGAAAAGGAGCAAAUGGGGGAACUCGAGCGCGAAAGAAGGGAACGACAACAAAUAGAAAAAGACUACGAGCGUCUAGCGCAACAGAACAGCGAGUUGACUCAGCACGUAGCAGAAAGCCGAGGCUUGAAAGAAAGACUCGAGCACUUGCAAAGCGAGCUCCUGAAGUGGAGAAGAAUUGGCGAGGAGGCGCGUCAGCGCGCUGAGACCCAAUACAAGGAGCUGAAGCGCCUCGAUGAAGAAAGGCAGCGCCUGCUGCAGAAAUGUUCUUCGCAGACCGAGGGAAUGCACUUCGGACAUGCGUUUUUCGCAGCCGGUGUCCAGAGCGACAGCAGGCACUCAGAGGAAGCUUCACGCGAUAAAAGCGAUCGGCAUGUCUCGUCUGACAGCGAGAACGUGGACAGAGACGGGAUGGCAAAACCUCAGGAAAGAGCGGGACCUCGACGGGCGACAAUCCGCGACGAAAAAGAGAAUUCAGAAGACACAAGAAGACCCGGAGAAGGCCAGUCGGGGACACCGCCGGCGCCUCCACGAGGUUCCGAGGCGGCGCCGGAUACGCCUCAGUCCGCCGGUUUGUUUUCGACUGUUGGAGAUCCAGAUAGGGAAGGAAAUGCGGUGAACGAACGGACAGAAGAGAGGCAGAGAGUCGAGGCGGAGCCUAAAGACGAGCGGUCCCGAGAUGUCCUCAUCGAAAGACUCCGACGCCUGUACUCCGAGGAGUGUGCCUCGUCGCGGCGUCUAGCAGCCGAAGGCGCUAAAUACCGACAGCAGUUGAGACAAGUCAUGAAACGGCUUGUUGUAGUUACAAAGGCCAUGGAGGAAGCGAAUGAUCUUCGUGAGAAGCGUCAGCGCAUGCAGCAGCAAAAAAGGAGGGGGAAAGUUUCCAGCGAGUAA